AAGUCCUGAGAUAAACGGGGAACAUGUCGGAAUUUGUGAAACACAGACAAGACAGCGCAGCGGUACUCGCUGUUGUUGGGCUCAUAAUUGUAACCAUUCUGAGUGUGUGGAAGUUGAAACAAUUUAAAUACAGACUGAUACAUGAAACUGGAGUUGCAAUAUUUUUUGGUAUGGUUUUAGGAGUGAUGGUGAAGUAUCUAUCACCCGAACAGGGAGAGGAUUCAGAAGAUGUGUGCAGCUGUGUGGGCCUUAACAGCACUCCUCACACCCUGAUGGUCAACAUCACAGCACAAAUCCACUGUUACAGACAUGUCGGAGAGGUCAGCUCUCAGAAAAACCAAGGAUCCUCUCUGGUCUCAACCCUUCAAAAGGAGACCUUUGAUCCCGAGGUCCUUUUCAAUCUGUUCCUGCCACCCAUCAUUUUCCACGGAGCUUACACCCUUAAUCAGAGACGGUUCAUUCAGAAUCUGGGAUCUGUUCUGACCUUUGCUUUUUUGGGCACAGUCAUCACCUGUGUGAUCAUCGGGGCCUGUGUGUACGGCUUCACCAGGCUGAUGGUGCUGCUGGGCCAAGCUGCAGAUGGAGACUUCCUCCUCACUGAUUGCUUCCUGUUGGGUGCCAUUAUGUCAGCCACUGACCCAGUUGCGGUGCUUGGCCUGUUCUCAGAGCUGCAUGUGGACCCGGAUCUGUACAUCCUGCUGUUUGGUGAAAGCGUCCUGAAUGAUGCUGUUGCCAUAGCCUUGACACAUGCCAUCACCAGCUACAGUCUGAUGGGCGGAGGACACACCUUCGACACCUCCGCCUUCUUCCUCUCUGCCGGUUAUUUUAUUGUAGUGUUUGCCGGCUCCUUCCUCUUGGGUUUCAUAUUCACAGUCAUCACAGCCCUCCUCACCAAAUUCUCCCGACUAUGUGAGAACCCACUGCUGGAAACAUCACUUUUCUUCCUGCUGUCAUGGAGCAGCUUCCUGGCAACUGAAGCCACUGGACUUUCAGGUAUUGUGGCAGUGCUGUUUUGUGGACUGAGCCAGGCAAGAUACACAUUCCACAAUCUGUCUUCAGAGGCCAAGGCUAGGACCAGACAGCUCUUUGAAUUCUUCAGCUUCCUGGGGGAGGUUUUCAUCUUCAGCUACAUGGGAUAUGUAUUGUUGACGUUUCCACACCACGUCUUCAAAGCCCUCUUCAUAUGCGGGGCAUUUCUUGCAGUCUUUGUAUCAAGAGCAUGCAACAUCUACCCUUUGUCUUUCCUUGUCAACCUGGGCCGCACAGCCAAGAUACCUCGUAGCACCCAGCACUUCAUGGUGUUUGCAGGCUUGAGGGGGGCCGUGGCGUUUGCCCUGGCUGUAAGAGACACAUCCACAGAGGUGAGACGUGCCACCCUCACCACCACUCUGCUGCUGGUCUGCUCCACCAUCUGGUUGCUGGGCUCGGCCACUGGACCCAUGCUGCGCUGGCUGGACAUCAGAGUGGGGGUGGAUGCAGAUGAAAAUCCAGAGGACCUUUCUUCUGAUCAGGUUGCUACAGGGAGGCCAGACACAAUGGGACUGUGGCACAGACUGGACUACAAAUAUCUAAAGCCAGUGCUCACACACUCCGGCCCGCCAUUGACCAGCUCGCUGCCACAGUGCUGUGGGAUGUUGGCCAGACUCCUCAGCAGCCCUCAUGUCUGCGAGGACCAAGAGCAGCUGCAGGAGACUGAGGCAGACGGCACCUCCAUUGAGCUCGACAAAGUAGAGACCCAGCAGGAAAGCACAGGGGGCAACACUGAGCCUGAGCAACAGGAAGACCUGUUAGAGGGAGACCUAGGCCUUGGCACCAGUCCAGCUCCAGCCAGCGAGGCCUGACACUCCAGGAGUCACCUUUGUCCCUGGCUUAUCACACCCUGCUGCCCCAAGGCUCACCCUACCUCCCACCACGAAGAGGGUCACUGGCCAGGUCAUUUGAGAGGGCCGGCUGGGAGUCAGAUUUACAAUGGUCCCAAAAGGUCACACACCGCCUUGCCCUAGCAUGCAUGCAUACGUGUGUACACGCAAACACUCACUAGGAAAAGAACAUAAAGGCAAAGGCCAUCAUUCUUGACGUUCUUCCCUUGAUGGGUUUUUUUGUGUUUGUUUUUUUUAUUAUUUUGUUUUCUUCUGUUUUGCCUUUGGGGAGGAAAUACCAAUGAAUUUCAGCACUGAAGUGUAAUUUCUCUUGUCCUAUGGAGCGUUAAGCCUGUUUGUGUCAACAGCCGACAGUGACUACUGUGCAUCGCAGACAAAAUCAACAGAGAGUUUGACCAGACCUGUGUGCUCACAUCAGUGUACAGAUUGCAUACAGAGACCUGUAAGGUAAACUAAAAUGAGUGGGCAAAAGUUCUGGUGAAAUUUCUGCAGGCUCACUAAGUCACUCUCCCAUUCAUUGGCAAAGUUGCAGCUUCAUGCUGUUAGGUUACAUAAGCAUGAACGGUCUUGCUUCUGUGGUUUGAAGCUUUAGGAGAAUUGUUCAUGAACAUGAACUGUAAUUGAAUGGUAUUUCCCUUAAUCAGCUGAAAUGCUAUUUUUGUGCCAACUUUGCUGUGUUCUUCUUCCACUCCUUAUUAAACAUUUAUUGCAGUUUUUUCCUUCAUCCCUUUUAACAGAUUCAAAUAUAUUCCACUGAAUUUAUUAGCCGCCCCCCACCUCCCGCCCCCCACCUUCUACAUCUUACUUAGCAUUUCAUGCUGAGCUAGAAUACUUCCAAAUGCUUAAGUGUAUUAGCAGCAUUUGGAAAGGGGCUAUUAGCACGUGAGAUUUGCACUGACUUCUAUAAUUAUAGAUUGCACUUUGCUAGUUUCUCAGUGCAUCAUUAUAAAUCUCAGGGCCCCAUUCCCCUUGAGUGGAGCGGGAUGUUGUGUACUGCACAAAUCCAAUCUUGCGAAGGUUAUGCUUUGUGAAUAUGCAGACUGUUUUCCUCACAUAAAUAAAGCCAUUGUCCUUGAAGUAAGGGCUUUUCAUUUUAUGUUGUGUAUGCUUGGGUGCAUCUAUGGAAUGUUUCACUGUACAGUAGCAGAAAAAAAUACACUGUUUUCCCCCUCGCUGGCUGUUGUGCAUGAUUUAUGCUUGAACACAGCUGUUACAGUUCUGCUCUGUGCUAAAGACAGAGUGACAACAAUAGCCUUUUAUCAUGAGAUCCUCAGAUGGAAAUAUUCAACCUUUUGAACACAACCACAACGCACUUACUCAUCUGUACCUCUAGCUCUAACUUCCAUCUGUCUUCCGUUAUAGAUGCAUUUGUUUGAUUUCCUCUAUAUUUAAAAUUAUAUUGUCUCACAAUUGCCGCAGACUCAGAGAUCUCAUCAUGCAACUACACUGUUUUGCCUCUUUCACUCCAAAGGUGACAAUCAUAAUAAUAGCCAGAAAAGAACAAAUAGGCCUACAGUGAAUCAGACUCAUACAAUGAAGAUGACAAAAUAUAUGUGAUCCCUGCAGUGACAACAUAUUGUAUGUAUGUAUAUGUGUAUUGAGGCACACUGAUGUGUUGGAGUGAAAUGAGGAAUGCCUUGAAAAGUUGUGUAAAUGUGAAGAACUGAAUUGUUAAAAUUACUUGAAGUUCAGUUUUAAUAGCUUAAAAUCAAAGUUGUACUUAAGAGUUAUUACAAUCUUGACCAAGUUCAGCAGUUC